GAAGCUUGUUGCUUAAAUCUGUGCAGAGACAUAAAGUCCGCAGGAAACAACCAGCGUUAAAUCUGCGAACGAGUGGAAACUAAAGUGCGGUUGAGUCCGUCUGUCCCGGGGACACUGGACACCUCGUUGUCCCCAGCUCCAGACGGGUGCCGCCGCCGUGUCGUCCCUGCCCGAGCUGCUGCUGCUGCUGCUGCGUGGUCGCCGUCUCCUCCGGGAUGAUGAGAUCACCAAUAGAAAGUGCCUUUGAGAAGAUAUCCCCAACUUGAAGUUGAUCUGUGUACAUUGGUCUGUGUCUAUGCUGUUCUUAAGACCAGACUCAAGCACCAGCACAGGAUUUCUCAGCUGCAAGCACUUCACCACUUUGCACAGGUUUAGCACCUGAUAUUAAGCUAAAAUAGAUAGAGCCAUAAUUGUGAAUUAUGACCUGAUAAUGACUAAAGGAACAAGUCUACAUUAAAUUGUACUCACUUGACUGAUAUUUAUGGGCAGUAUACACUUGAAGUAGACAUAAAAAAAAAGAAAACACAACUACCAUUUUUUCCCAUUGAUGGGUGAUUUGUCGGCUAUCUCAUCUUUCUGUUCCAGCUGAUGGAGGACUCACCAGGUUGUCUUAAAACAGGACUUUGUUCAUACGGUCAACCUACAGCUUUCAGUGCAUGAGGCGCACGACAACAAGAUUGACUUUAAAAAUUGAAUGCACUAGUAAAAUCUUUGGACAUGGCGUUGAACCUCUCUUCAGUAAGAGACACAAAAUGGCUAACCCUGGAGGUGUGUCGGCAGUUUCAGCGGGGAAACUGUUCUCGUAGGGAUGACGAAUGCAAAUUUGCUCACCCACCGAAGAGCUGCCAAGUUGAAAAUGGUCGAAUUAUUGCCUGCUUUGACUCGCUGAAGGGCCGAUGCUCAAGAGAAAACUGCAAGUACCUUCAUCCACCUUCGCACUUAAAAACCCAGUUAGAGAUAAAUGGGCGCAACAAUUUAAUCCAGCAGAAGACUGCAGCAGCUGUACUCGCCCAACAGAUGCAGCUUGUGAUGCCCGGACCUAGUCUGCAGUCUAUGGGACUUGGCACAAAUACUGGUUAUGGUUCAUACAUGACACCAAUGAGCCAUGGAAUGAGCCAUGGAAUGAGCCAUGGAAUGAGCCAUGGAAUGAGCCAUGGAAUGAGCUUGGUUCCCUCAGACAUCCUCCAAAACACCUCAGUUCUUCUUCCCGGGAGUCAACCUUUGACAGUCCACAGUUCCUCUUCUUCCUCCUCUUCCUCUCCCUCACAGAAGCUGCAGCGUUCAGACAAACUAGAGGUCUGUCGCGAGUUUCAGCGGGGGAACUGUGCGAGAGGGGAGACAGAUUGCCGCUUUGCUCACCCCAGCGACAGUCCCAUGAUUGACACCACUGACAAUACUGUCACUGUUUGCAUGGACUAUAUCAAGAGCCGCUGCUCCCGGGAGAAGUGCAAGUAUUUUCACCCGCCUGCACACUUGCAGGCCAAAAUCAAGUCCAGUCAACAACAACAAGUCGGUCAGUCAGCCGUCGCAGCCCAGGCUGCAGCAGCAGCGACUCAGUCGACUGCCAAAGCAAUGAAGCGACCCCUCGAGGCAACUGUAGACCUGGCCUUUCCCCACAGUGUCCUACAAUCCCUACCAAAGAGACAAGCCCUAGAGAAGAGCGGCUGGGUCAGCUCUCUCCUUAGCCCCAGUUUUUUGCACUACCAUCAGGCUCUGGCCAAUGCGCAGAUGCAGCAGCAAACAGCAUUUUACCCCACAGGGUCUGUCUUUUGCAUGGGUCCACAUAACAGCAUGGAUCAUCCUCAAGUAACCACCAGAAACAGGAGUCAGUGCCAUGUUGCUGCUGUUAAAGGUUCCAAACAGCCGAUCUGUAAAUACUCUGUGAACGCCACACACCACACACAACAAGCUGCAUGCUGAUAAACAUCACUGGUGGAGAACUUGUAGACUCAAAUUUAAUCUAUGGUAAUAAAUGACGUAAGGAUUACUAGGAUUAUACUCUGCUAGAUAAAUGUCACAGAAGAUUAUUGUAUGUGCAUGCCUUUGCACCUGAAUUAACAUGCAUCCUCAGUAAUGUGCAGAACAUCCUGGUCCCUAUUUCCCAAACCAAUUCUGACAUGGUCAGAGGGCGUUCAGCCUCUUAAUGAGCUGAAAUCCACCGGGUCUCAAAUUCUCUUAUCACAGCCUCAUGAAUAAAAAUUUGCUUUUCUUGACAAAGUCAAACAGGAAACAAAUCGAAACCAGACCAAAAUUGAUUUCACUCACAAGUGUAAGUUACACUAAGAGUGUACGAGUUGAGCAUUGCACAUCCAAUCUGAGAUCAGUUCUCAGUGUGUCCACAGAACAUGUUAAUGCCGGGUGUAAUUGGGACCUAUAUUGGAGCUUGUUUAAAUUCUAUCAGCAUAUAUUUCUUAUUUGAAUGUCUCAUAUAACCUAAGUUUUUUCACAUAAAUGAUUGUUUAUCUAGUGCCAGAUUUCAUUAUUCUAAGCUUACUCAUAAAAAGCACUUAUUUUAACUUUAAACUCAAAUGUUCAAAUUUCAUUGGACAGCAGGCUGUGGGGGUAGUCGGUCUGUGUUUUUUCUCUUGUUAUCCCCAGAAAGCAGGAUCAGUGCUCCACCUCCUGGUGUGCCUUUGCAUUGCAUAUACUGUACAUAAUAUUUGUUGGUAGGAAGUAAAGCAGCAGUAUUUCAAACUGUUAAUUUCCCCCACCUUUGUUAUCCCCAAAAAAAGAAAAAACUUUGUGGGUUAUUGGGCAACGUGAUGGUCGACUCCUUGAUGUACCCGGGUGGUGGUUUUCUCUUCUGGGGCAGGUCUCACAAAGUCUUAACUAGGUCAAACUUAUAACUUAAUAUAUUCACACUUCAGAUUGAUCUUUGAUUCUUUGUUGUACAAAGCUGUUUAGUUGUUUGCUGUAGGAAGUGGGACUAAUUGGGCAAAUUAAGAUCUUUCAUGAGGUUCCUGUAUUGUUCUGUUCAACUUGAAAAUCUUUUGUUUUGUGAAAGACUCUCAGUUACGGGACAUUUUAGCGGGAGUGUUCAGUGAAGACUGUGACACUAAGUGUACAAAGACACGUAUAAAAGUAUAACAUGUCAAUGCAGUGCAGCAGAGAUGAGCUACUAUGGCUCCUUAACGGACUCAGAACCUCUGUUAACUUAUCACUCGGGUUUAGAAACUUCCAUGAGCAAAACCCUUCUUAUUAUCCACAACAUUACAAGAAAACCUCAACCCUAACCCUAACCUUAACCCCCCCUUAGUCCUGACAAAGGUUUCAGUGUCAUUAAGCUCAUGUGGGCUGGGACCUUGUGUGUGCGUGACACAAAAUAGAACUCAUUGGCUUUAUGCUACAACCCAGUCUGAAAGUUCUUUGUGAAACCAGCCCCUGGCUUGAAGACGAGCCUCCACAGCCAUUAUAGUUAACUCAGUAACGGGGUGUGUGAGUACUGUGUGACUCCUGUGAUCCUAUAACGUUUGAGUUGAAUGGUGUGUGAGCUGUUAGUCUUAAUACGACAGUCAGCUGUCAGUACUGUAUUAUUUGAAAUUUACAAGUGCCUAAUGAAUUCUGCAUGCAAUGACAUCAAAGCAUAUUUAAAAAGGGUUUGUGUGGAAAAACUGCUCAAUUAAAUCUACUCAACGUAACUCACAGUUAGGAAGAAAUAUUUAGCGAUGCCAUGUCAGUGCAUUAGUAUGUUGUGUGUGCACCUGUUUAGAUUUAGUCUUUCAAAUCAUUUUCACUCUUGUGAAAUUCACUUCAAUGUGUAUGUACUGUAUGUACAAUGUAUACGAAUGAAUAUUUAGCUUACCUUUUAUUUUGUUUCACAUUUAAGAUGAUAAACUACUGUUGAACUAGUUAAAUGCACACAGUGAAAUACUUUAUGUAGUAAAGUAGAAUUUAAGUGAGUAGACAUUUUGGUGACGCGUAGUUGUGUAUGAGAGGAACCACAAUAUGCAAUUGGCUGUCUUUGUUUAAAACGCAGAGCGAACAGGUGGCGUCAUGUCUGGUUAAGUGAAAAACAAAACUGAUGUUAAAAAUAGUUUUCACUCACAUAUGUAUGUUCCCUUGAACAUCUUUUAUAUAAGUUUUAGUUUCCUCUUUUGCCGUGUGUGAAAAUAUCAACCUUUAUUUUAAUGCUAUCCGACGUAUUUUCAAGUUUAAAUGUGUGUGUACACGUGUGAUUAACUCAGACAAUCCACCGAGAGAAACUGCAUUUGUUGACACUUUUCAUUAUGUAUUUUCAUUGUGAAAAUGUACACAUUAUUGGAUAUGAAUAUAUGGAGUAUACUUGCAUACAGUAUUUUACUAGUUUAACCUUAGCUAAGAACACAUUUAAAAUGUAUUCACUUCUAUUUUACGAUGAAUGUAAUUUAUUAAAGUGACGUUAGCUCUGCCGCAGGUUCCUCAAAGGGCCAUGAUCUGUUGUUUUAGCCUUUGAAAAGUCGUCUCUGUUGAGGGAUGAGAUGUUGGAGCAAAGAGUAGCUUCAGACGUUUCAUCCUUGUCACUGCCUUGUCACCUGUGAGGGAAAACAAACCUGUGUACGAUCGAGGCAAUGGAAUAGUUUUUAUGUACAAGAGUGUAUCGUUCGUACCACAUUUGACAAACUUGUUCUCUGUUUGUUCACUUCUCACAAUAACACAUUAGAUUGUACUGUCAGGUGUUUGACUUUAUUAAGCCAUGGUGAAACACUGUAAGUGAGCCAGUGCAUAAAGAAAUAAUCAGAAUUUAUUUGUUUGACAUAGUUUCCUCUGUAUGUGAACAUCUUAAAAAAAUAAUCCACCGCAGAUUGACCUACAUUGUUUUAAACUUUUUUUCUAUAAACAUAUAUAUAUAUAUAUAUGAUUACUUUCAAAGUUUAGGUUGUCAUUAGACAGAUUAGUUUCCCUAAUUUAUUAUAUAAAAGGCAUAUUUCUGAAUGUUUGUUUCAUGUUUUGGCAAAAAGCUUGAAUGUCACUAUACACCUGCAUAUGGAGGAUGUUAUGAUAUUUUGAUCACCUAGUCUAAAUUAAAUGGACAGUAAGAAUGUUUGGUCUGACUGACUGACGGAAACAUUUGUCUUAAGCACUUUGUUGACAGUCAGACGACUGAGAAGACAUGCUUUUUGUGAACUUUGCCUUAUCUUAGAACCUAUUCCUAAGUUUGCAUUUGUUCAGUAAUUGUGAGUUCAAUAUUGUUGAGUAACUAAAACCAAUUUGUGA